CGCCAAGAGGGAAAGUGAGAGGGAGACGGACGUUGAGAGAACGAGAAGGAAGGAGAGAAAAUGGCGUCCACGGAUUACAGUACCUACAGCCAAGCGGCAGCCCAGCAGGGCUACAGUGCAUACACCGCCCAACCCACUCAAGGAUAUGCACAGACCACCCAGGCAUAUGGGCAGCAGAGUUAUGGAACCUAUGGACAGCCCACUGAUGUCAGCUAUACCCAGGCUCAGACCACUGCGACCUAUGGGCAGACCGCCUAUGCAACUUCUUAUGGACAGCCUCCCGCUGUAGAAGGGACCAGUACAGGUUAUACUACUCCAACUGCCCCCCAGGCAUACAGUCAGCCUGUCCAGGGGUACGGCACUGGUGCUUACGAUACCACCACUGCUACGGUUACUACCACCCAGGCCUCCUAUGCAGCUCAGUCUGCUUACGGCACUCAGCCUGCUUACCCAGCCUAUGGGCAGCAGCCGGCAGCCACCGCACCUGCAAGACCGCAGGAUGGUAACAAACCCGCUGAGACUAGUCAACCUCAAUCUAGCACAGGGGGUUACAACCAGCCCAGCCUAGGAUAUGGACAGAGUAACUACAGUUAUCCCCAGGUACCUGGGAGCUACCCCAUGCAGCCAGUCACAGCACCACCAUCUUAUCCUCCUACCAGCUACUCCUCUACACAGCCGACUAGUUAUGAUCAGAGCAGUUACUCUCAGCAGAACACCUAUGGGCAGCCGAGCAGCUAUGGACAGCAGAGUAGCUAUGGUCAACAAAGCAGCUAUGGGCAGCAGCCGCCCACUAGUUAUCCCCCCCAAACUGGAUCCUACAGCCAGGCUCCAAGUCAAUAUAGCCAACAGAGCAGCAGCUACGGGCAGCAGAGUUCAUUCCGACAGGACCACCCCAGUAGCAUGGGUGUUUAUGGGCAGGAGUCUGGAGGAUUUUCCGGACCAGGAGAGAACCGGAGCAUGAGUGGCCCUGAUAACCGGGGCAGGGGAAGAGGGGGAUUUGAUCGUGGAGGCAUGAGCAGAGGUGGGCGGGGAGGAGGACGCGGUGGAAUGGGCAGCGCUGGAGAGCGAGGUGGCUUCAAUAAGCCUGGUGGACCCAUGGACGAAGGACCAGAUCUUGAUCUAGGCCCACCUGUAGAUCCAGAUGAAGACUCUGACAACAGUGCAAUUUAUGUGCAAGGCUUAAAUGACAAUGUGACUCUAGAUGAUCUGGCAGACUUCUUUAAGCAGUGUGGAGUUGUUAAGAUGAACAAGAGAACCGGACAACCCAUGAUCCAUAUCUACUUGGACAAGGAAACAGGAAAGCCCAAAGGUGAUGCUACAGUGUCCUAUGAAGACCCACCAACUGCCAAGGCUGCUGUGGAGUGGUUUGAUGGGAAAGAUUUUCAAGGGAGCAAACUUAAGGUUUCUCUUGCUCGGAAGAAGCCUCCGAUGAACAGCAUGCGGGGUGGUAUGCCUCCCCGUGAGGGCAGAGGGAUGCCGCCGCCACUUCGUGGAGGUCCAGGAGGCCCAGGAGGUCCUGGGGGCCCCAUGGGUCGUAUGGGAGGCCGUGGAGGAGACAGAGGUGGCUUUCCCCCAAGAGGGCCUCGGGGUUCUCGAGGGAACCCAUCCGGAGGAGGAAAUGUCCAGCACCGAGCUGGAGACUGGCAGUGCCCCAAUCCGGGGUGUGGAAACCAGAACUUCGCCUGGAGAACAGAAUGCAACCAGUGUAAGGCCCCGAAGCCCGAAGGCUUCCUUCCACCACCCUUUCCACCCCCGGGUGGUGACCGUGGCAGAGGCGGCCCUGGUGGCAUGCGGGGCGGAAGAGGCGGCCUCAUGGACCGCGGUGGUCCCGGUGGGAUGUUCAGAGGUGGCCGUGGUGGAGACAGAGGGGGCUUCCGUGGUGGCCGGGGCAUGGACCGAGGUGGCUUUGGUGGAGGAAGACGGGGCGGCCCUGGUGGGCCCCCUGGACCUUUGAUGGAACAGAUGGGAGGAAGAAGAGGCGGGCGCGGAGGACCUGGAAAAAUGGAUAAAGGCGAGCACCGUCAGGAACGCAGAGACCGGCCCUACUAGACGCAGAGACCCCGCAGAGCUGCAUUGACUACCAGAUUUAUUUUUUAAACCAGAAAAUGUUUUAAAUUUAUAAUUCCAUAUUUAUAAUGUUGGCCACAACAUUAUGAUUAUUCCUUGUCUGUACUUUAGUAUUUUUCACCAUUUGUGAAGAAACAUUAAAACAAGUUAAAUGGUAG